AGACCGCCCUCGGUGCCAUAUUCAGAGGGCUUGAAGACCAUCUUCAUGUGAAGACUCCCUCUCCUCCAGAACCACAACGUGACCAUCCUUCCAGGAUGAUUUUAUUCAACCGAGUGGGUUAUUUUGUUUCCUUGUUUGCUACCGUCUCCUGUGGGUGUAUGACUCAACUGUAUAAAAAUACCUUCUUCAGAGGUGGGGAUCUAGCUGCCAUCUACACCCCAGAUGCCCAGUACUGUCAGAAGAUGUGCACUUUUCACCCCAGGUGCCUGCUGUUCAGCUUUCUCGCCGUGACUCCACCCAAAGAGACAAAUAAACGGUUUGGUUGCUUCAUGAAAGAGAGCAUUACAGGGACUUUGCCAAGAAUACACCGGACAGGGGCCAUUUCUGGUCAUUCUUUAAAGCAGUGUGGCCAUCAAAUAAGUGCUUGCCACCGAGACAUAUACAAAGGACUUGAUAUGAGAGGGUCCAACUUUAAUAUCUCUAAGACCGACAAUAUUGAAGAAUGCCAGAAACUGUGCACAAAUAAUUUUCACUGCCAAUUUUUCACAUAUGCUACAAGUGCAUUUUACAGACCAGAGUACCGGAAGAAGUGCCUGCUGAAGCACAGUGCAAGCGGAACACCCACCAGCAUAAAGUCAGCGGACAACCUGGUGUCUGGAUUCUCACUGAAGUCCUGUGCGCUUUCGGAGAUAGGUUGCCCCAUGGAUAUUUUCCAGCACUCUGCCUUUGCAGACCUGAAUGUAAGCCAGGUCAUCACCCCCGAUGCCUUUGUGUGUCGCACCAUCUGCACCUUCCAUCCCAACUGCCUUUUCUUCACGUUCUACACGAAUGAAUGGGAGACAGAAUCACAGAGAAAUGUUUGUUUUCUUAAGACGUCUAAAAGUGGAAGACCAAGUCCCCCUAUUCCUCAAGAAAACGCUAUAUCUGGAUAUAGUCUCCUCACCUGCAGAAAAACUCGCCCUGAACCCUGCCAUUCCAAAAUUUACUCUGGAGUUGACUUUGAAGGGGAAGAACUGAAUGUGACCUUCGUGCAAGGAGCAGAUGUCUGCCAAGAGACUUGUACAAAGACAAUCCGCUGCCAGUUUUUUAUUUACUCCUUACUCCCCCAAGACUGCAAGGAGGAGGGGUGUAAAUGUUCCUUAAGGUUAUCCACAGAUGGCUCCCCAACUAGGAUCACCUAUGGCAUGCAGGGGAGCUCCGGUUAUUCUCUGAGAUUGUGUAAACUUGUGGACAGCCCUGACUGUACAACAAAAAUAAAUGCACGUAUUGUGGGAGGAACAAACGCUUCUUUAGGGGAGUGGCCAUGGCAGGUCAGCCUGCAAGUGAAGCUGGUAUCUCAGACCCAUUUGUGUGGAGGGUCCAUCAUUGGUCGCCAAUGGGUACUGACAGCUGCCCAUUGCUUUGAUGGAAUUCCCUAUCCAGAUGUGUGGCGUAUAUAUGGCGGAAUUCUUAGUCUGUCCGAGAUUACGAAAGAAACGCCUUCCUCGAGAAUAAAGGAGCUUAUUAUUCAUCAGGAAUACAAAGUCUCAGAAGGCAAUUAUGAUAUUGCCUUAAUAAAGCUUCAGACGCCCCUGAAUUAUACUGAAUUCCAAAAACCAAUAUGCCUGCCUUCCAAAGCUGACACAAAUACAAUUUAUACCAACUGUUGGGUGACUGGAUGGGGCUACACGAAGGAACAAGGUGAAACGCAAAAUAUUCUACAAAAGGCUACUAUUCCUUUGGUACCAAAUGAAGAAUGCCAGAAAAAAUACAGAGAUUAUGUUAUAAACAAGCAGAUGAUCUGUGCUGGCUACAAAGAAGGCGGAACAGACGCUUGUAAGGGAGAUUCCGGUGGCCCCUUAGUCUGUAAACACAGUGGACGGUGGCAGUUGGUGGGUAUCACCAGCUGGGGUGAAGGCUGCGCCCGCAAGGACCAACCAGGAGUCUACACCAAAGUUUCUGAGUACAUGGACUGGAUAUUGGAGAAGACACAGAGCAGUGAUGUAAGAGCUCUGGAGACAUCUUCAGCCUGAGGAGGCUGGGUACCAAGGAGGAAGAACCCAGCUGGCUUUACCACCUGCCCUCAAGGCAAACUAGAGCUCCAGGAUUCUCGGCUGUAAAAUGUUGAUAAUGGUGUCUACCUCACAUCCGUAUCAUUGGAUUGAAAAUUCAAGUGUAGAUAUAGUUGCUGAAGACAGCGUUUUGCUCAAGUGUGUUUCCUGCCUUGAGUCACAGGAGCUCCAAUGGGAGCAUUACAAAGAUCACCAAGCUUGUUAGGAAAGAGAAUGAUCAAAGGGUUUUAUUAGGUAAUGAAAUGUCUAGAUGUGAUGCAAUUGAAAAAAAGACCCCAGAUUCUAGCACAGUCCUUGGGACCAUUCUCAUGUAACUGUUGACUCUGGACCUCAGCAGAUCUCAGAGUUACCUGUCCACUUCUGACAUUUGUUUAUUAGAGCCUGAUGCUAUUCUUUCAAGUGGAGCAAAAAAAAAAAAAAAAAAAAAAAAAAAAAAAAAAAAAAAAAAAAAAAAAACUGAGAAAGAGGUAGAAAUCUUUGUAACAUUUCAUUUAGAAUAAAAAGAGUCUCUACUUGAACCUGAUGGGACAUCUAAACCACCUUUCUGGCCAUUGCUGCAGAGUUCUGCAUGGUCAUGACUGCAUGAGGUUUCCUACCCCUGGAGCAGAGCCAUCUGGGCAUGAGGGUUGCUUGUAUAAACUUCAUGUUCCUCCCUCAGGAAAUAACCUCUCUGCCUAGGUUAUUGAGGAAUAUCCUCUCUGCCAGGACAGCCCUUAAGACUGUGGGAAAGAACUCUUAAAACAUAAGUUCAAGAAUAUAUAAUUUCUCAGCUAUGUAAAAUAUAAGGAUACAAUAUGAAUUGUAUAAGGAGAUUCGAUUCGUGGACCUAAAAGAACAAAGGCAGCUGCACUAUGAGCCAGCUUGUCAGAAAGAUACUACUGAAGGAGAUAAAGAGAUAAAGAGAUUUAGGGAGUGGUGAUAACAGGGCAAGAUCCCAGCCAGCUAAGUUUAUUAUUUGUGCUUACAUAGGCAGGCAGAGUCCUGAGUUCAAGAUCAGCCUGGGACAGAGCUAGUUUAGACCCAGGGUUGGUGGGAAUCCCACCCAGCUAGCUUGUUGUCUAUGCUAAGAAAGACAGGCAGAUCUCUGAAUUCAUUUGGCAUGUUUUUUUUUUUUAAAAAAAGUACCUGAUGUCUUUUCUUAAGAAUCAAGAGGCUAGAGUCAUGGAAUGCUGACUCAUGGGUUAAACAAAAGGGAAUCUAGAGUAAGUGACUGAGUUGAUAUGUAAAUAAAAGACUGGGCUUUAGUCUGCAAGAGCUGAGCUACCUGGAUGAGCUGUCUGGAGAUCUCUGUAGAGCAGAAUACUAGUCUCUAAUUUUUUUAGAUUUUUUUUUUUUCUAGUAGCUACUCAGAGAGAACUGCUUAGAGAAUGAAAUGAACAUUGCUAUUUUAGUUGUGUUGUUUUGUUUUUUUUUUUUUCUAGAAAAUCCAAAAAUAUUUUAUAGAAGCUUCUCUGACUCUAGUCAGAAAACCCAUGAGCUAGCCAGAGAGCUUUUGGAUUUUUUUUUCCUAGCAAGAGAAAGCUGUCUCAAGAAGAGACAGCUGUCUCAAGCAAAAGAGCUGCCUUGAGCAGAAAGCUAUCUCUAUCAGACUGCAUAGCCAAGAGCUAUCUGCAGAAAGCUGUCCAGCUGUCUAGACUACAAGGCUGUCAGCUUGCAACCCAUCAUAUGACUUUGAGUUGUUUCUUUCACCGCUCCCAGACACCCCUUCUCGCAGGAACCUCCCUCCAAGCCAAGGCUGGUCCUGGGCACCUUGCCACAUGGUCUUGGCUACAGAUGUGUGCAAGACCUGUAAGGCUAUAUUUUUCUUCUUGUGUGCAGCUCCUGCAAUAGGCCUAUCACACAGUACUCACACAGGGCAAGGGAUCUGAUGAGAACCUCCUGGGGAACCCUCGGGGUUCAGCUGAUGCUGUAUUCUGCAAUAGUAAUUCAUGUAAUGUCAUUGGGUGUAAAGUGUUGUAUAAAAUUCAAGCUUCCAAUUGAGUUGAAAGUGAAAAGCAAUCUUGGAAUGGAUGACAUUAAUCCUCAUGCAAGACAAAUUUCCAGCUUCCCAUUGAUUCAUAAAGUGGGUCAUCUGUGCUUAACUCCAUUUAGUUAACCUGGUUAAUAUUUAGACAGAAUUAGCCAUUUACGAACUACUGUGCAAGUUAAACAGACAAAUAGAAAAGUGAAAUUUCCUAAAGAAGAUUAAACUUUUCCUUGCAUAUAUAAAGGCUUGUUGAGUAGUGCAGAGGGUUAAAUAUGGAAGAUCCUGUGGGUUAUCUACAGAGUUCACCAUGGGAAGUGUAAGAGGUGGAAGCAAAUGGCUUUGGAAAAAUCUUCCAAGCACACAACUUCAACUUUUAAUUUUGUACACCAUUUCAUCUUAAUCUGUGUGGCAGUUGUUUUAUAUUUAAAAAGAAAGAAGUGGUUCUCAAUGAAAAUCUUGUAUCUCAAGGUUUCAUAUUAAUAACCCUAACAGGUAUUUACACAAGGUGUCACAGUACUUACUGGGUAAACUUUGGGCUUUGGUUUCUCAAGGAAUGGCCUCAUUUGAGCAAAACAGAGUUUUGAAAUGAGGGAUUUCCCUAUGGCGUAAAGUACCAUGAUCACGUUGCCAGCUGGAGUCCAGCUGGGCUGGAAUGCUCUGCUUUUCAUUGUGUGUUCCUGCACAAAGUAGCCCGUCUUCCACUCGAAGCCUUAAGAGGCUGAGAAAAUGAGAGGGCCGGAUAACAUCACUUUUACAAGACAAAGUGGAGGCAGGAGGCCCUAGAUCUUUGGCAGGUCCAUCCAAGAAAGGGAGUGUCACCUCUGGAAUGGAACAAUGCCGGCACUGUUCUUCCUGGGCCGCACGUGGAGAGCACACAGCACACCACUAACACUUCUAGAGCUCAACGGGAAGCUCAAAGGGCUGUCUGAUCUCUAUCUAUUUUUUUUCUUGUAGUUCUUGCUUAUGGCUACCAGCCCUACAAACUGUCAACAACUCUGAAGGAUGCUCUUGCAUCUCUGCCUCUCUCUUUCAUCAGUACUUCAUGUGAAUAGGAAUGUGGCAAAUAGGAGAGAUUUGGGUUUGCUGUUAUUAUUUUUGUUGCUGUGUAUGCGUAAUUGCCUGCCAUGUGGGUGCUGGUGCCUGACACCAAUGGAUUAAAAUGUAACUUCUGAACAACUACCUUCUAACAAAAUAAAAUAGAGUAGUCAA